UCCAUAGAAAUUAAUGUAAGAGUGUGUGGAUUUAUACACGAAUCCAUGUAGAAAACCAUGGGUAUUUGGAUUCCUAUGUGAGAAAUUCGUAUAGGAAACUGGGUAUCUGGAUUUCCACAGAGGAACAAGGAUAUAUGGAUUUCUUUAUGGAAAAUUCAUGGAAUCUGGGUUUUUAAAUAUUCUAUCAAAAAAAUCUAUAUGGAAAUCUAGACUAGAUUCCUACCCACAUGGCGUUUUCGGAUGAAUUCCCAUAUAAUUUCCUGUAGGAAUGUUGAUCUAUUCUUAUUUUUAUACACGUAUCAAUAGACGAUAGAUGUAAAAAUAGAUACCUAUGGUUUCUAUAGAAAUUACUUAUAUAGAAGCCCAGAUUUUUAUAUGAAUUUCCCAUAAAGAAAUUCAUAUACCUAAGUUUUUACUAUCGGAAUCCAGGUACCUGCGGUUUACUAUGUGAAUUUUCCAUAUAGAAAUCCAGAUAUCCAUAGUUUCUAUAGAAAUUCAGAUUCCUAUAUAAAUUUUCCAUAAAGAAAUUCAUAUAUCCAAGUUCUUAUUAUGGGAAUCUAGGUAGCUGCAGUUUCCUAUGUGAAUUUUCCAUAUAGAAAUCCAUAUAUCCGAGUUCUUAUGUAAGAAUCCAAGUACCCAGUUUUCUAUAUGAAGUUUCUCCAUGGGAUUUCAAGUACCCAUAAUUUCUUAUAUAAAUUUUCCAUAUGGGAGUCUAACAUUUGCUUUCUUAUAUAAAUCCAUACACUCCUAUAAUAAUUCCUAUGGUUUCUUACAUAAAUUCCUUUUCUAUAUGAAUUCUUAUGGGUUCCCAUGUAAUCCCACAUGUAUUUUUUUGAUUGGGUAAGUAAUUUCUACAGAAUCCGGGUAUCCGAAUCUCAACUUCUAUUGUUUAUUGAUAUGCAUGUAUGAAUCCAGGCUGGAUUCCCAUGUGGAUUUUUUUGAUAGGACAAAAUUAAAUUGAGAUAUGUAAAACAAUAUUUGUAUAAACGAUUUAUUAAUAUGAUGGUGGUAGUUAUGAGAAUAAGAUUAGUUGUAAAAUUUAAAAAUAAAACUCAGGUGAAGCAGCAAAAAGAGUCACAUGAGGGUGACGAUAACCCGAAACUCAAGAAAAUAAACUCCAGAAAGAAGAAAUACAAAUACGCCCGAAGAAAAUGGCUUGUUCCUUCUGCCAAAGUGUUGAAAAUGCUGUCGCAGAAACAUGCGGACUCAGAUGCUGAGAGCGAAGCCGGUGGCGGAGGUGGAGAUGCUGAAGGCGCCGUGACGCCGGGUAGUGUUUCUAAUGGCGAGGGUACCAAGGAAUUUCUAUCAACCGGAAGAACAGGACGGAGAAAUGCGAUGCCUGAUAUCUUGGGUCAACAUGCUAAGACAGGGAUUGCUGAUUUACCAUCACAUCUUGAAUCUCUUACCACUAAAUCAGAUGAAGCUGGUACGAGUGGUAUGGCUCAAAGUGGCCCGUCUACCUCUCAACAGCAGAUGGGUUGACGUAAGACUAAAUUUCAUUUUCAUGAUAAUUAUUUCCCAAGAUAUUUCAUCUUGACGUUACGUACAUAUUUGUAACAAAACUGAAGGAUCAGUUUUAUAGCAGCAACAACAAAACGUUUUAUAUUUAAAUCGAUUCUGACAACGGUGAUGUAAUUACAUCGUUAUCAACGACAACCAGAGUCAUACUCACACACUGAGACUGUAUAAUGAAUCGUCAGCUAAGAAUAAUUUAUCUUCAAAGACUUGAACCGACGCAGUUCUUGAUUACUGUAGAUUUAUUAAAUUUUCAAAUCUAUAUAUACAUACUUAUAUAUAAAAAUGUACAUUAUAUGCCGUGGAACGGCAUUCAACUUGUGUGAUAUUCGAUUAAUUAUUUUUUAAAAAUGUUAUUGAAUGAGUGAAUUUCCUGCAAAUGAGAUUAGUGUGUUGAACAUUUUUUUUUUUUUAGUUUUUGUAACAACUAAACUUUUUUUUUUACAAUCGAACUCCAUUAACUCGGACAGAAUCGACGAAGGAGCGGAAUUUCCAAGUUAACGGAUGCCCCUUCUCUUGUAAAAAGUAAAUUAUGACGCAUGUGUUCUGACGUCACAUAAAUGAUACAUAUAUAAAUAUACAGACAAAUGUAUAGGGUUUAAGACAGCGUACAGUCGAACUCCAUUAUCUCAGAACUUUCCCUGAAUCUUGAUCCCCACCCGAUGCUAUUCUAUAUAUUUAUAUAUGAAUCACUCGUGUGACAUAAGAGCGCAUGCGUUGCAGUUUACUUUUUCAGGGAGAAGGGGCAUUCGUUAACUCAGAAAUUCAAAGAAAUUUCCGCUCCUCCGUAGACUUUUUUCGACUUAAUGGAGUUUGACUUUAGCUCGUAGUUGAGGUCAAGAUUCAGGGGAAGUUCCGAGAUAAUGGAGUUCGACUGUAGCUCAUCGAUCGCAGAUUUUUUACCUCUGAUAAUUAUUUCGGGCUUUCAAGGCUCGUAUUUACACGCAUAUUAUUUUUUUAUAUAAUUAAUUUGUAUGAGAGUACGAAUUAGUCAUAAAAAUUAUUUCAAUGUAAAUUUAAAGGAUAUAAUUAAUUACGGAAUUAAUUACUAGUCCGUUCAUUUUUCCAUUCAAAUUUAGUACCAGACUAGACACUCAUUUUAUUUUAUUUACCUUGACAAUUAGUAUAAGUUUCUAAUUAUUAUUUAUUGAUAUUAAUAUUAAACGAAGCUGUGGCCUAUAAUUCACUACCAGUCAGUAUCGCACAAUUACUAACUAAAAAUUAUGCCGCAUUAAUUUCAAUCUAUGUCAUACUUCAUCUAUACAUACAUACAUACGUACAUACAUGUACACUAAUAUAUUAUAUCUUUAGUUUGCUGAGUUAAUAACAACCUAAAACUAAAACUACUGAAAAUUCACACGACCCGAUAUGAUACUUAUAGACAUAACGAUCAAGGACCCGCAUUGAGUGAAAACUAUUUUUACGUAUCGAUCGUCAACGACAAAAGUUCUCUCACUGUAAAUAGUACGUUAUUUUAUUAUAACAAAAGUAAGAUAAAACACAGCUUCUAAAAACAAUUAACAUUUACACAGAAAAAAAAUUAUUUUUUGGCGCCAAAAAUUUGUAUUUGAACCAAGAAAUUUUUCGCAUUAUAAAUUUAAAAAACAAAAAAUUCUUAGGGCAAGAAAAAAUUUUUUUCCAGUCCUAAGAAAAUUUUAAUCUUCAAUUUAUGGCGUAAAAUAUUUCUCGUGCCAAUAAAUUUUUUUUUCUGUGUACUUUUCCAUAAUUUUAUACAAACUCUAGUCAAAUAAAAUUAACUCUUAAAUAAAAAUUCAUUUAAAAAUUUAAUUUAAUUUAUUUUAUGUAAAUUAAACGCUCUCUCAAAAUAUAAAUAUUUGUUAUAAAAAAACAAAACUCUGGUGACUUUUAAAGGCGCGUCCAAAUUUUUUAUAGACAAAGGACAUACCUGACAUGUAGUUAAAUGUAUCUAUUAAUAAAAACAUUUUUUUUUUAUACAAAGCAAACUGGAAUUAAUCAA